UUUCCGAGUUAAGGAACGCUUUUUGGACUAAAUCUGACUACUUCGGACUUUUUCUGACUAUUUCUGGGAGAUAAGGAACGCUCCUAAUAAAUAAACGAAAUACAAAUCAGCUGUUCGUAAGUUCGUAGUGGAGGAAAAUAUGUUUAAUACAAUUUUAAUAUCGGGUCCCCCAGGUGUUGGCAAAACUACGUUGGUUCGAAAUAUAUGCAAGGAGCUAGCAGUGUCUUACAAUUGUUUUGGUUUUAUUACUGAGGAAGUACGUUGUGACCAGACCUCUGCUCGCAUCGGAUUCGAUGUUGUAACGUUUCUUGGCAAACGCUCUAUCCUAGCGAGAGAGCGGUCUGUAAAUACAGACCAAAUGCCAAAAGUAGGAAAAUACUCGGUUUACAUUAAUGAAUUUGAAGACUUAGUACUUCCGUUACUUGAUUACCCUAAUUCGAAACAGGAUCUAUUAGUUAUAGACGAAAUUGGAAAAAUGGAACUAAAGAGUGAAAGAUUUGAGAGAGCUUUAAUUAAGUUAAUUGGUAAAGUUCCAAUUUUGGCGACAAUACCAUGUCAAUCGAACGAACAUCUUAAACUUGUUGAAUGUCUAAAAAAUUCUUCCACAUCCCGUACAUUCGUAAUAAACAAAAGCAAUCGUUCUGUUAUUCAGCAUGAUAUUGUAAAACAUAUUAAACAAAUGUUAAGAAAUUAGACAAAAAAGCCGAACAUUUAACUUAAACUCGGUGUACAAUUUAGAAUAACGUAGUAUUGUACAUAUGUACAUUAGGGUGGUCCAAAAACAGUAAAGUCGGAAUUGCAAUGCUCUCACCCCCUA